AUGGAGGGGCUUCUCCACGCAGUUCUACCCCGUGGACGCUCGCAGUGGCUGGGCUCCUCUCCAAACCCUAAUCGCGACUUUCCGGCGACGGCGAGGAGGAGCGGCGGCCCGUUGUUGGAGCGGAAGCUCCAACUCCGCUUUCCCCCGGGAGGCGCCCUCCAUUGCGGAAGAGGGAGAAUCUGUUCUGCGGCGAAGAACGUCGAUGAGGAAGCUGAAGAGAUUAAUCUCGAUUGGAAGCUGGAAUUCGUCGCCGCGAAGAAGAAGAAGAAGCCAGCGGAGAAGUCGAGGCUUCUGGCGGACACAGAAAGCAUGGACUGGUGCGUCAACGCGAGGAAGGUUGCCUUGAGGAGCAUCGAAUCCAGGGGCCUCGCCCAGUCCAUGGAAGCCAUGGUCACUGGGAAAAGGAAGAAGGCCAGGAAGCCGAAGAAGGCCAGCAGGGUUACCAACAAGAAGAUCCGGAAUAAGAACGAGCUCGAAGACGAAUUGGAAGAAUUAGACAUGGAGGAGAUGGGCUUUGAGAGCAGUUCCGGCGACCUCGAGCAGAGGGUGAGCAUGAUUGCCGACGGAAUGUUCGAAGAGAUGAAGGAGAAGGCCAGGGAGGCCUUCAUAGAGAAGCUUUCCCAGUUCUCAGGACCCUCAGACAGGAAGAAGGAGAUCUCCUUGAACAGAGAGAUAAUCGACGGCCAAACUGCGGAGGAGGUUCUGGAGGUCGCCGCAGAGGCGAUCUCCGCCGUCGCCAAGGGGCUGAGCCCUUCUCCUCUAAACCCAAUCAACAUCUCCACCGCCCUCCACAGGAUCGCUAGGAACAUGGAGAAGGUCUCCAUGACGAGAACCAGGAGGUUGGCCUUCGCUCGUCAGAGAGAAAUGUGUAUGCUCGUGAGCAUCGCCAUGGUCACCCUGCCCGAGUGCUCCGCACAAGGAAUCUCCAACAUCUCAUGGGCGUUAUCCAAGAUCGGCGGGGAGCUUCUCUAUCUCUCGGAGAUGGAUCGGGUCGCCGAGAUCGCCAUCACAAGGGUCGAGGAGUUCAAUGCCCAGAAUGUCGCCAACAUCGCCGGGGCCUUCGCCGCAAUGCAGCACUCCUCCCCGGAGCUGUUCUCGCAGCUAUCCAGAAGAGCAGCCGACCUGGUUCCCACUUUCCAGGAGCAGGAGCUCGCCCAAACUCUGUGGGCAUUCGCCUCCCUCAACGAGCCUGCGGAUUCCUUGCUGGACGCCGUCGACGAAGCUCUGAACGCGGGAAUCACCAUCGAUUUCUCCGCGGAAGAGGAUGAACCAGCGCAACUGGAGACCCUCCUCAGAAUCGAAGGGACCCGGGUCCAGAAUGGCCUCAAUUUUAGCAGGAUCCAGCUCGGGAACCUGGCCUGGUCUUAUGCGGUUCUUGGGGGAAUGGAGCGCCCGUUCUUCUCUCGCCUGUGGGGGAUCUUGAGCUCUGUUGCAGAGACAAGGAUCUCGGAGCAGCGCAGGGAGGACAUAGUCUUUGCCUCGCAGGUCCACCUAGCGAACCAGUGCCUGAAAGUGGAGUAUUCCCAUCUGGGCCUGUCGCUGAGGAACGCUCUGGAGGAGAAGAUCUCCAGAGUGGGGAAGACGAAAAGGUUCAGCCAGAAGACCACAUCUUCGUUCCAGAAGGAGGUCGGUAGGCUCCUGGUAAGCACAGGCCUCGAGUGGGCAAGAGAGUAUGCGAUCGAUGGGUACACCCUGGACGCUGCACUGGUCAACCAGAAGCUAGCCUUUGAGGUUGACGGGCCAACCCACUUCUCGAGAAACACUGGUGCGUUUUCCAACUCGUGAAGCAUAUCAGAUUGCCUCGAGAUUUUCAGAUUUUAUUUAUCUGCUUAAAUGGGAUAAUUUUUUUCAUGGGUUUGUGUAAAAGGUGCUCCUUUGGGUCACACGGUGCUCAAAAGGCGCUAUGUUGCUGCUGCUGGCUGGAGAUUGGUCUUUCUGUCUCACCAGGAGGUAGCUCCUUCGAAAUUUCUAUCAAGUUAUUUGGAUUAGAUGAAUUCUCGAAUGAUCUGGACGUGUUUCUCUAAAAUCACGGAUUUAUUUAUUUAUUAUUUUAAAUUUAAUUUUUAUUUCAAGUGUUCCAGACAUUAAACGCGGUUUGUCAGGCUCUCUCGUGUUUCCAUCGUCUCUCAUCAAAACCAUCCAGUUUUUUUCUACUUUGGGAAAAAUGAGAAUGAUUUUAAUUGCUCUCGAAAUCCACAAAAAUGUACUAUUUCUGAUCCUGAUUAUGCUCGGAUCUCUGCCUUCAGACAAAGAAAAACGAAGGAUCGGAAUCAUGAUUGAUGGGUGGAAACCAUAAUGCUUGAUCCAAAGCAUUUACUCCUCUCUUUUUAUAUAAAAAAAGGGUCAAAUCGAAUAUAUCUAGAUAUUUAUGGGUUACUUAUCAAAUAUCAACCUUUCCAUCAUAUAUUGAUGCAUCCUUUUAUUUUCCAUGCAGUGGGAAGCCCUUCAAGGUGCUAGUGAGCAGUUGGAGCACCUGAGGAGGAUUCUUGGCAUCAACCCAAGCGAUGAUCUCCAAGGAAAUAUGGCUGCAUCAAGAGUAGAAUCCUAG